UUAUUUACAGUAUGCACUUAAAGUGAAGUUUCAAAGCCAAAAUUCAUUAUUUGUCAGCAGAUCUUUAAAAUAUAAAAUUACUGCUUUGGUAGUAAUCUACUUGGUAAAAGCAUGUUUCAAUGCAGUAGCUGCUGUAAGUGCGUUAAGGUCAGUAAAGUUCCUAGCAGCUCCUGCACACUUUUCUGGACUUUCACUCGUUCUUCCUGUCGACUUUGCUCCAGCUUCUUCAGGUUGGUUGGAUGUUGUUUGUUGCCUGUAAUUUUCAAACAGAUUCUCACAGGGAUUCAGAUCUGGACUUCGUCUUGGACACUGUAGAACUUUCACCACUGUUGUUUGUUUUUAUCGCUCCCGCUCUUGGUGCUUUGGUUUGGGGUUUGGGAUCAUUGUCUGAAAUGAUUCUGUGUAUGUGUGUGUGUGUGUGUGUGUGCAUGUGUGUAGUACCCUGUUAUAUCAUGGGAGAACUGUCCAAUUUUGUGUCUCCAGUAAACUCCACAUCCACCCUGAGCUAGAUAAAGUGCUUACUGAAUGAAUGAAGAACAGAUUAAUAAUCAGAGUUUUACUGUAAUGGCGUCCAAAGUCUAGAGUGUUUUCAUUGUUAGAGACUUCAAAUCACUUUGUUACGUCACUCUGGAUGUGUGUCUGCCAAAUGCCAGAAAUGUGAAUGUAAAAGUUUAGUUUAUUUCCUCUGAGAUUUCAUUGUGUUUGAGCAGCAGAUGCAAAUACAGCGAUGUGUAAAAUAAAAUCAUAUAUUUCAACCUAAUAAAAUGUACAAUGAAGAGCAAAAAUCAAAGUCUUGACAACAGCUUGUCUUUAAAAGUGUAUUAAAUCUUGUUUUUUAUUUAAUCUGGAGAUUAAUAACCUGCCCCGGGUUCUCCUGGACACUCAGCUAUUUCCUGACAGUCAGAAUUGAGUUAUUUACUUUUUCUCAUUUGAAAAGUGGUCAGUUUUUAUUUACCCAAAAAAUGUCCAAGUGUGAUGUAAUACAACAUCUGUAUUUAAUAAAAAAAUCGAUUGCUCUGUAUUAUUGAAAAUGAUGUGGAAAUGGUGGACACCUUGGGUCAUGGGACAGUCAUCAGAAACUUUUACGCAAAUUUUGACCGAAUCCUUCCAUUUCUUUAGUCUGAGACAAUAAUGAACAGAGUGAAAGGUGUUUUUGUGUUUCAUCCGUUUCACUGGUCGAUGAUCAUCCUUUUUACUCACACCGGAGGAUUUGGGUCAGCGGUCUACGUCAAAUCAGAAGGGCGGUGAACACACACACACACACACACACACAGAGAGAGAGAGAGAGAGAGAUCACCGGGAGGGACCCGGAACCGGUGCGUUUCAUAAAGAGAGAGCUCGAGCUCCUGUCGAGCGGUUUGUGGACUGAAUCUGCGGAAUGACGGACGGUCUCGUUACGGUCCUCGGACCGUCACCAUCGCCGUUUAAUCUCGACACUUUAAAGCGGCUUUACUGCAAGAACGGGGGGCACUUUUUGCGCGUGUUACCCGGUGGAGCGGUGGAGGGCAUCAGGCAGGAGAACGACGCUUACACUGUGCUAAAGGUGAAAGCAGUGAGCGUAGGUGUGGUGAUCAUCAGAGGUCAGGAGGCGGGGCGUUACCUGGCCAUGGACAGAAGUGGAACGCUUUAUGGCACUUCCCUGCUGAACGACGAGUGCUAUUUCAUGGAGAAAAUGGAGGAGAACCACUACAACACCUACAGUUCACACAAGCAUCAGGAGCACGGGGUCUGGUACGUCGGCAUCAAGAAAAACGGCCAGAUGAAAAGAGGCCCGAAGACCCACAGAGGCCAGAAUGCUGUCUACUUCCUGCCCAUUCCUGCACAGUGAUCAUGAUAUGUCAUAUAUUUCAAUUUCUAAAAUGUGAUUAAUGUCAAAAUCACCAAACACUUAAUAAUAGGACAUGUGAUCAGCACUAGAGCCACGAGUCUUGAUGUUUGGGUCUGAGAAGCUCAGUAUAUAACACGCAGCAGCAUGAGGUCUGUGAUUUUCUAAGUUUCGAGUAUAGAACAGUAAUCUUGAAUCUAGAAAAGAGAUCGCUGUUUUAUUAAUUUAUUGUUUUGAUGUAUAUAGUAAUUUAAGUCACUAGAAAAUAAGAGUAAUUUCAUGUAUAAGCUUGCUAAAUCACCUUCUGUGUAAUAUUGUAUAUUUUCCCCUUUGUGCUAUUGUACUUUUAAAUUGCGAUCAAAUGUAUUUUGGUAUUAA